AUGGCUGGCGACAAAUUUGUCGACUCCGGCUCAUUCGUGGCCGGUCACCUUGCUCAACUUUCGCUAUUAUUUCUGUGCUACGCCUCGCUGGGCAUAUACGCCAUAGUCAGGGUGGACUGGGUGGCCUUGGUGGUUUACGCCGGCAUUGCAUCCCUGUCGUUGAUCAUCAGGAAUUUGUCGGCCGGUUUGGCGGCACUUCAUAGCCAUGGCUAUUACCGCGAUGGUAAUGGCAAUGUGUACUGGGCAUUUUUCAUGUGGUUUGAAUUGCUGACCAUGUUCAUGUCGUCCUAUCUGGUGGUGUAUGAAAAGUGUGAGUGAGUGG